AUGGCCAACGACUCCUUCACGAAGCCACCAAUGCUACCGCCGGGCAAGACCAAACACCACAUUGUGGUGCUCGAAGCCAUCCACUGCGACAUGCCAUCCUUCGACUUCCCGCACACGAUCGACCUUCACCCACGCACUCGACCGGACCAAGUGGCAGAGCGGAUCAAGGACGCAACCAUCGUGAUUGCGUGCGUGGUCCCUGUCACGCCUGGCGACAUGGACCAGGCGCCUCAUCUGGGAGUUCUAGCUGUCAUGGCGGUGGGCAUCAGUUGGGUGGACAAGCUCGACUGUGCGCGGCGCGGGGUGACGGUGACGAACUGUAUCGCGGGCAACGUCGACGCCGUGACCGAACAUUUCCUGGGCCUAUACUUCGCGGCGCGCAAGCAGAUCGUCAAGGUACACACCUCGGUGACGACGUCCCACGAGUGGCGCGACAAGGGCACGCUGAACAAAGUGUAUUGGCCGUCUGGUCCACCCAUGGGCUGUAGGCAGGAGACGCUGGGCAUCAUGGGCUACGGCUCGCUGGGCACUCGCAUCGAAGCCCUCGCGCGGGCCGUCGGCUUCGGCGAGGUCUUGAUCAGCGAGCGCAAGAACGCUGGCAACUCGGCCCGAGAGGGAAGGGUGUCGUUUGACGAAAUCCUGAAAAGAGCCAGCACCAUCUGCGUCUGUCUGCCCAAGGAGAACGACACGGUCGAUCUGAUCGCCGAGAAGGAGUUGCGCGCCAUGCGGGCCGAUGCCUUGCUCAUCAACAUGGCUCGCGGGGGUAUCGUGAACGAAGCGGCCCUGGCAAAGGCCCUGCGAGAAGGCUGGAUCGCCGGUGCCGCCACCGACGUCCUCGAGAUCGAGCCGGCCUGGCCAGGCUCGGGCCCGUUAACACCUGAUCUGGCCAAGGGGGAGCCGGAGGUGCCACAUUUGACCAUCUCGCCGCACAUCGCUUGGUUUACUCAAUCCACCAUCCAAAAUUACCAGCGCCUCCUGAAGGAAGGGGUUGAAGGCUGGGUCACGGGGACGUUGCAACAAGCCCCUGACAAAGUCCACACCGUGGUCGUCGUGCACGGCGGCAAGAUCUGGAGAUGA